AUGGUCCGCGAUAACAGGACCACUCCUACUAAACACGAAGCCGGAUUCGCCGCAUGGCUUGCCAAACCAGACAUGACAGGUGGUCUGGUCAUUGCGCUGCAGCAACCAGCCAAGUCACAGGUCUUUACUGCAGACGUGGAGUGGGUUCGAGACGAAUCUGCUACCCUGGCCUACCUGGACAAGUCGCUCGCCUUUGUGAAUGAUUCUGGAGGUCUGAAAACAACGAGCGUAUUCGAUGCGUUCCCAUUCAUCACCGAGCAGAUCUCCUCGAAAGAACUAUCUAACGAAGCAGAGCGUGCAUAUAACACAUUCAUCUCCAUGCUAGAGGCAAAAAAACCCGAGGUUCUCUUCGCGUGCUGGCGAAUCCAUGGUCAGGACGAUCUCUCCUUUUCUGGGAAAGGGCUUGGGAAUACCAAUCAGGUACAUAACUUGCCGCUCCCGAAUGGCCACGUUGUCCGCGUUGUGAAUGGAUUCCAUCCUAGCUAUGUGGCCAAUUACUGCCCAAAUGAAAGCUGCUUCCGAAGACUCUUCGCUAUGGAGCUGUGCAAGGCGCUGUGCGAGCUGAAUACAGCUUGGCAGGAAGAUGACUGGAUGGAUGACGUUAGAAGAACGUGUCGAAAACGAACCCGUCAAUUAAUGGAAGAGAAGGGUAGAGAUGGCGAGCAACUUAACACGGAACUGGGUCGCCAGCUUCGAGGAACCAGGGCAGACAACACUGCUAAGAAAUACAAGGCAUACAUUAAAUCCUUCGACAGCGGCAUGAAGAGUCUCAACCAGAUUUUUGACCAUAUGUUGUCCUCGGCGUAUGCGUCUCAAAACUCAUGGGAUCUCUAUAAAUUCUUUGUCUUCGACCAGAAUAUAUCAGAAGGCAUCUGUGAUGCUCUCCUAGCCGUAUCUGAGGCCAUGAGGCAAUUCGCACCUGGAACUUCGAUGCCGGAGUCUGCGCUCGUAGACCUAGGAAAGCACAUCAGCCAGCAGACGCUCAAGUUCGUCAAAGACGAUAUCCCAGACCUAGUGCAGUAUCAGCGGGGCUUAUACAAGAAUCUGUGGAGCAACCGAUAUUUGACGAGUACGUCUCGAGGAUUGAAGCAGAGUACAGAGAAGAUUACGAUACGGUUUAUUGAGGAUUUAACGAAGUCGUUUUCGGAGUCGUCGACGGGUUGGGCGUAUACUCCGGACCUUGUCCACGAUGCCUUUGAGGAACUUGCUGUUAGCUUUGAGGAUGCUUUAGGCAGGGAGUACGAUGACCGUCAAAAGACCCUGCUACAACUGCGGGAAAACGGGUCACUGGACCAGCAAUUGCCCGACCCCCAAGAAGGGAAGAAUAACACCACCGAUAUCAUCAGCGUCGUCCCCGCGCGGAAACUGCUACACUUGCGGCCUGCCCGGUCACUGGUCCGGGAGAAGCGCCACGACACAUUCACGGACUCCUUCAAGUGUUAA